AUGCACAUCGCAGGUCUUCUUGUCGCCCUGGUGGGCUUCACUGGCGCCAUCCAGGCUGCUGAUGAUUUGGCUUUUCGCCCUCGGGUUUCCCGCCAGUUGAGCCGGCGACAGUUCCAGCAACGUCCCGGGGGAAACCAAGGUGCCGUAAAGCCACCGGGUACUAUUGUUGUUCCCCCACAAAAGGGCAAUGGCCAGAAUGGUGGUAACAAGGGCCAGAAUGGGGGUAAUAACCAGAUUGGUGGUGGCAAUGGCCAAGAACAGCAGAGUCUCACCUUGUCUCGAAACAGCUUGCAGCGUACUCCCAAUGGUCUAAAAAAUGCCGAUGCCGGAACGGACGAGGCCCUGCAGAGCCAGAAUAACUUUAUCAAUUUCUGCUCAGGGAAGCCGCUAUGCAAUGGCGAACAGGUCAAGACGGGACAAUCCUGCUGCAACCCCAUCAUCAUGGGCGAGGUCCCAGCACCGGAGAAGAUGGCCACUGUUGUAUUCAGCCAACCGAGAUUAUGCGGCAACAUUUCUCCCAAAGACGGCAUGAAGAUUAGUGCGGUAUACCGGAAUAUAAACCUGGGAACCUUCACAAACCCCCAGAACACAUACAACGGCAAUCCACAACGGCUCGAUGGGAAUGGCGUCGUGAUUGGUCACUCGCAUGUCACUUGCCAUCUUAUGGAAAACGACGAGCUGCAAGGUGCAGCUCCGAUCGCGGCGGCCGCCUAUCUCCAAGACCGGGAGCGAGCCAAAGCAAACAAUAACCGAGCACCCCAGAAGACGUGUUUCAAGGGCUUCAACGGCGAGGGGCGAAAAGCCGGCGGCGGACUCACCCGCAUCGACCUGGACCUGGAAUGCGGCACGAAUCUUGCGCAGGGCUGCUGGACUUGCAGCACCAUGACGGGCGCCAGCACACACCAGGCUGCCAUCAUGGGCAACGCUGAUCGUCCUGCGCAAGAUGCGUCUACAUUCUUUAGUGUUAGCAAUGAUCCCAAUGCUGACCUAUGUGGUUGCGGAAGAGGAAACAGCGGCAAUAACGGCGGCAAUAACGGCGGCAAUAAUAAUAACGGCGGUAACAACAACGGCGGUAACAACAACGUCGGUAAUAACAAUGGUGGUAACAACAACGGCGGUAAUAUUAACGGCGGCAAUAAAAACGGUGUGAAUAAAAACGGUGGUAAUAAAAAUGGUGUUGAUAAAAACGGCGGUAUCAACGGCGGUAUUAAUGGUGGUAUCAAUGGUGGUAACAACAACGGUGGCAGCAACGACGGUGUUGAUAAAAACGGUGCUAACAAAAACGGUGCCAACAAAAACGAUGGUAUUAAAGGCGGUACCAAUGGUGGUACCAAUGGCGGUAACAACAACGGUGGUACCGAAGGUGGUAUCGACGGCGGUAUCGAUGGCGGUAUCAAUGGCGGUAUCAAUGGUGGUAUCAGUGGUGAUAGUAAUGGUGGUAUCAACGGCGGUACCAGCGGCGGUAUCAAUAAUGGUAUCAGUGGUGAUAUCAAUAAUGGUAUCAACGGCGGUAGCAAGGGUGAUAACAACGGUGGUAACAAAAACGAUCUCAACAACAACGGUGGUAUCGGAGGUGAUAUCAAUGGUGAUAUCAAUGGUGGUUUCAAUGGCGGUAUCAACGGCGGUAGCAACAGUGGUAACAAAAACGGUGGUAUCAGUGGUGAUAUUAAUAGUGGUAUCGAAAAUGGUAUCAACGGCGGUUCCAGCGGCGGCAUCAAUGGUGGUGGCAACCGCGGAAGCAACAACAAGGGUGGUAUCAAUAGUGGUUUCAACGGCGGUAUCAACGGUGGUAGCAACCGGGGAACAGGAUAG